GUCGGUCAGCACAGUCACCAACAAGACCACACACCAACCACAAGCAAGGGACACGGCAACCGCACGUGUCAGAAAAAGGAUCGUAGACGUGACACACAGGACCACAUUGCAAUACCCCUUCUCUCAAUACUUUUACGUAACCACAAUCGAUUAAUCGAUCGUUCUUGGUCGGUGUCUGUCUAUCUCAUCCAUCCAUCCAUCCAUCCGUCCUUCGGCAAUCACUCAUACAUCAGCACACACACAUAUCGGCAACUGUAUGCAUGUACCAGGAAAAGACCAACGGAUUUGCUGGGCGAUCGAUGUGGUCUGGUCCCCAUCAAAUCUUAUAGAUCACAUGUCAAUCUUAUAGAUCACAUGUCGAGAAGGUGGGCCGGAGGGCGAUGUCGGUGCCACCGACAGACACGCCGGCUUGAUGGCCCAGGCGAAGGGAAAUAGAGCCACCAGCCCGAUAAGGUUGCUCAGUGACGAGAUGCCGUGGUACAUCCCGAACUUCUUGUUGAGCCGCUGCAGCUCGGUGUUGGCCUUGGCCAUCUCCACAGUGGCGGGGUCGUCCUUCAUGCUGACCCCGAUGCCCAGCUCCCUCUCAAUCGCGUGCCUCUCGUACAUGGUGGCGGUAGUCUGGGGCUCCAGGUAAACCAGGUUGACGAGAGAGGAGGCCAGCGAUAGGCCAGCACAGGUGUGAAGAAGGCGGUUUGACGGCAUCAGGGCGGCUGUGGCGAUGGUGAGGAGGGACGAGCAGAUGGUGGACAGCUGGAAAUAAGCGGGAAAGAGCUUGCUUUGCAGCUUGCCGAAGGUGUGACGAGGCACUACAAACACACACAAUUAACUCUGCUGCAGUCGUUGCCUUGCCCCAAACCCACUCGUCAGUGUGCAAGGUUGCACUCCGCUCACCAGUGCGGAACAUGGUGAUGCCACUGACCAGCGAGACCCAUACUUGCGAACCGAACAAGACGCCCCAGCUGAAAUACACAAACGUACACACAGACAUACACACACAGCAGAUCUGCCAUUUCGUUUCAUCCAUGUCUGUCUGUCUGCUUGCGAGUGUGCAUUGCAUUCCAAUGCACACACACACCUGAGGCUGAGCAGCGGCGCCAGGCUCUCUCCGAUGCCUUUGAGCCGCUGCGGUGCCGCCAGCGCACUCACAGACGCCACACCAAGAGCUGUGGCGAUCUGGGAAAGCACGGGCAGCGACGACAUCUCACUCAACUAAGCUGACGACCACCAAUACAGCGGUUUUUGGAGCACCCG